UAAUAGCGCUUCCAAGGUAGCCUUAAUGGGCUUGGCUGGCCCAAAACGCCAGUCCUUGAGUCGUCUUGAUGGUGAACUCCAUCUGCCAAACCGCAAGAAACCACCCCACGAUUGCUCUCCAUUAGAGAACAUCUACGGCACCGCCUUCCGGUAGUAGCCUACCAGGGCAAAGGAUUUAGGCAGGCCAUCAGCACCGUCACCACUCUCCGCAUCUGCUUCCAUGGCAGCAGGCUUACUUUCUAGCCUAACAGCCAAACCCUUCCAUUCGUUCCACUCCUCACUCCACAUCUUCUACCUCGCACCACUAUUUUCCCCUUCACUUCAUUACCAUUAGAUGGUCAGAACUCAGAAGAAAUCCAAAUUCACAGUUUGUUUCAGAGGAGGUGGGAUCAGAUGAUAUUAAGGAUACCCAGAUCUAAAUACCCACACAUGUAGUGGAGAAGCUAGCCCAAAAGAGAUCCGAGAGGACAACAUACCUGCUCGCCGCUGUGAUGUCCAGUUUCGGCAUCACUUCCUUGGCCAUUAUAUCUGUUUACUAUAGUUUUUCUAGUAAUC